AAUUUCUCACGAGAGCGAGCUGACGUUCGUGUAUACGGCCGUCUACUAUGACGCCGACGCUGGCAAAGCGGCAAUCCCUCAGCCGGGCCUCAACCAUAGACGAAACCCGAGAGUCUGCAAUCUGGUUCCAGUAAAACCCCGCAGAUACUUCUUAUCUUGAGUUACGGCUUACGUGAUCUGGUCUGCCCCGGUGCUUUUCGCGAGAAGGGACUCUAAGGCCGAGAAGAAGAUGCAAAGCACAGAAGGCCAUGCCGUCGAGCCGUCGAGAAACAUUGUGCGCCUUGCAUAGUUUGUUCCUGUUGUCAUGGGUGGUGAAGUGGACUUCCUGCGCACCAUCCUGCUUUUACAGCACCGGACCCUCGGGACAGGAGACCUACACGUGUUCUGGCCUUCGUUCUUCGGCCGAUCUCGUAGACAAUUUCAGGCCCAACAGAACUAGCCCUGAAGGAGGCAAGCUGAAACUGGUGCUCGAAAACAGCGUGUUAGAACGCAUCCCUCAGGGUCUCUUCGCGGGUUUGCGUGCCUCGACGUUGCAGCUCGACAACGUCACGUUGACCAGUCGAUGGAGUCGAACGGAACCGACUCCCUUGCGUGGUCUCGAGUCCACCUUGGAGAAAGUGGUCUUCAGCCACAACAGCACCGUUCCGGACAACUGGGCUUUCUUCCUGGCGGGCAUGACGGAACUCGUCGAGAUGGUCUUCUUCGAUAUGAGCCACCUGAGGUUCUCGUCCAGUUCCCAAGAGGCGCUGCCUAGGACGCUCCGCAAGCUGCACCUGGUCCGAUCGAGCAUCGAGAACGCGGACGACUACUGGCUCUCAUCCCUGGCAGACCUGGAGGUACUCUCGCUACGUCACGUGAACCUGACGGCGUUCGCGAGGACAGUGCUGCCAACGGUGGCCGCCAAGUUGGAGACGCUGCUGCUGGAAGACUGCUCGCUAACAAGCCUUCCUUCCGGUCUUGACAAAGGUCUUCCUUCGCUGAAAUACGUCGGCCUACAGAAAAACCAAAUCGCUCAACUUGGAAGUGACAAUGUCGGGCCUUUGAUCAACAAAGGCGUCGUCCUGCAGCUUGGAGGCAACCCAUUGAACUGCGACUGUCACCUGCAGUUCUUGUUUGAAAACUCGAGACGGCACUCCGUGUACGGGAAGUGUGAUACGCCAGCGGCCCUCAGGGGGCGCAGUCUCAGAGAACUCUCUCAACGAGACCUAGCGCCUUGCGCGGGGCGACAAGCUUCGUAAUCGCUGUAUAUCCGUUAUGCAUGUACAUAGCAAAUGAAAUAAAAACGCUGAAAUGCCAUCUGUCGACAUAAUGAAACUAUUUCAAAACACUCAGAGGACAGGUACAACAGUUUGACUCAACCUUUACUUUAGAACUCUUAAACCAUGCACUGAUACGAUGCGACUGUACGCAGGUCGUAAAAGUUGCAUGACGCUGGGCUCGCGGGCCGUCCGGCCUUGGCGUUGCAAGAGGCUGGUUAGCCUUGUGGUCCGAAUGUCGAAAAAAAACAAAAGAAUGUGUGGAGCUACAGAACCAAGUAGAAUAUAUGGGACCUCUUGGGAUGCACGUACUAAAGAAGUGUUAAAUUUGUUCCUCGCAGUAAGACGAAGCUUGUCAAUCUUGAGCCUGUAGCGCUCACGAACGCACACUCACGGACAGUCACACACACCACCCUGUGCAAAACAAAAAUCUAUCUAUCUAUCUAUCUAUCUAUCUAUCUAUCUAUCUAUCUAUCUAUCUAUCUAUCUAUCUAUCUAUCUAUCUAUCUAUCUAUCUAUCUAUCUAUAUAUCUAUCUAUCUAUCUAUCUAUCUAUCUAUCUAUCUAUCUAUCUAUCUAUCUAUCUAUCUAUCUAUCUAUCUAUCUAUCUAUC